CAGGCCCUGCUUGAGUGCAGCAAGCCCCGGCUGAGCUCCUUCGCGCCGCAGCACCUGGCCAAGAUGGUGCAGGGACUGGCGGCGCUGAGGUACAGGCCCCCUCCCGAGUGGGUUGACGCCUACUGCUGCGUGCUGCGCCCCGGACUGCGGCGCAUGAGCGCGCGGGAGCUGUGCGCAGUGCUGCUGGCGCUAGCGGAGCUGCAGGUUGCCCUGGACGACCCCACCCGCGCCACGCUGCUCUCCCACACCCUCUCCCGCCUGCCCUCCCUGCCGCCCUCCGAGCUGGCCCUCUCCCUGUGGGCCCUAGGCCGCCUCACCGCCUCCCGCCUGCCCGCGCUGCUGGACCUUGACGCCAGCGGGCGGGUGCUGGAGGUGACCCGGGCGGGGCUAGCUGGCGGGGUGUUCAGCGGGGCCGAGCUGGCGCAGCUGCUGGAGGGGCUGACGCGGCUGGCGCUGCAGCCGGGGGUGGGGUGGAUGCGGGAGUACGUGGGGGCGCUGGAGCCGCGGCUGGGGGAGCUGGAGGCCCGGCAGCUGGCGGGUGUCUUGGGCAGUCUGGCCGCGCAGCAGUACCGCCCCUCGCCCCGGCUGCAGCGGCGGGUGCUGCGGGCCACACAGAGCAACAUGCAGCAGCUCCUCUCCGACACCUCCUGCGCCGCCUCCCUCAUCACCGCCCUGCGCCGCCUCUCCCUGGACCCGCCCCGCGCCUGGGUGCGUGCGCUGCUGUCCGCCUCGCGCCCCGCGCUCAAGAACCGCUGCGCCGACCUGCAUCUGGCCAACCUGGCUGGCACGCUGGCGGCGUGGGGGGUGCGGCCGGACGGCCGGUGGGCGGGGCGGCUGUUCUGGAGGAGCCAGGUGCUCAUGCAGCAGAACCGCAUGUCCCCUCGGGCACUGGUGGCGAUGCUGCAGGCCAUGGUGAGUCUGCGUCUGCGCCCCAACGAGGCCUGGACGGCUCUGGCCCUCCGCUGUGCCGCCUCGCUCAGCUGCUCGCCCGCCUUCGAGCCGCACCACCUCAGCACACUCAUGGCCGCACUGCAGGCGCUGGGAGUGCGGCCGCCUCAGCCCUGGCUGACCCGCAUGCUGCUGAGCUGCCACCGCAGCUGGGAGCGAUUCGGAGUGAGCCACUGGAGCAGCUUGCUGCCGGCGCUGGUGCUGCUGGGGGCCCGCCCCCCCCGCACCUGGCUGGCCCGGCUGGAGGCCCGCAGCGCCCCCCGCCUGCCCGACUGCUCCCCGCUGCAGCUGCUGGUGCUGCUGGUCGCCCUCACGCAGCUGCAAGACAUGCGACCCGCGGCGGCAGCAGCGGCAGCGGGGGGGCCGAAAGGGGGGGAGCCGGCAGCAGCAGCGGCGACAGCACUACCUUCAGAGCCGCUGCAGGUGCAGCAGAAGCAGGUGCAGACCCCCCCAGCCUCUCAUCGGUCAGGCCAGCCAGGCAGUCCCCGCCGCCGGCAGAAGCACCACACCAAACGCUACAUGCAGCGGCUGCGGCUGCGGCUGCAGCAGCGCGCCACCCCUGCAACACCAGCUGCCUCCUCAUCCACCCCCACCCCCACCUGCAGCCCCGCUAG